CUUAAUCACAGGUGUCCACACAGUUUUUAGAAUUGUCAAGUCUAAUUCUUUCAGUAGAUGUAUCACUGUAUGUGUUGGUUAUUUGUAAUGAUAAAGUUCUAAGAUAAUGUUAAUUGGAUAGAAAUUGAGCAGAAUGAGUUUUGAGAAAAAUCACUUAACAUUUCAUUUGAAAUGGAUGCGAAAUGGCAUGAAUUAAGAAAUAAAUUUGCUGUUGAUCUGUAUCAGGCUCUCAGCAAAUCAAGUACUCAAAACAUCAUUAUGUCUCCAGCUGGUCUAAAGAUUAUAUUAACUACAGUGUUACAUGGUGCGAGAGGAGUCACAGCAGGCGAAAUAGCUGAAGUUCUAGAUUUUCCUGAACAUAAAAAGUAUUUUGCUGACUAUCAAUCUCUGAUUCCUAAUUUCGAGAAACAUCUUUUAACAAUAACAACUCAAAUUUUUAUUGAAAACACUUAUUGCAUAUCUCCUGAUUUUCAAAGUUUUGUGAACGAAUUUCUUUUGUCUGACAUACAUAGUAUAGAUUUAAAAAAUCAAGCAAAAUCUGUUGAAGAAAUUAAUGACUGGGUUGUAAAAUGUUCAAAACAAGAAAUAAAUGGAUUGUUUCCGUUUGUUUUAGUGAGCAGUGUGAUUUUUAAGCCUCAUUCUAAAUAUAAGUUUCUAAAAAGUGAAACACUAACGAUGCCUUUCUAUGUUAAACCAAACUUGAUUGUUGGUGCUGAAAUGAUGAUUCUGAGGGAAAAAAGGUUCUGUACAAUGAAAAGCAGAAAAUUAGGUGCUCAAAUAAUUGAAAUGCCUUUUGCUGAAAGUAAAUUGAGUAUGGUCAUAAUUCUUCCGAAAAAAUCUGAUGGCUUAGAAGAUAUUGAAUCUAAACUCGGCUCUGUAGAUCUAGCUCAAGAACUUUCUGAACUCUGGCUUUCAAAAGUCAAUCUAUAUCUCCCUAAAUUUAAACUGGAACAAACUAUAGAGAUGAAUGACAUUCUUUCCAAGAUUGGUAUGCCUACUGCUUUCACCGAUAAAGCAAACUUUUCGGGAAUUUCAACAUCACAAUCACUUACAAUUAGCUGUGUUAUUCAUAAAGUGUUAUUCGAAGUACAGGAAGCAGGGAUCAAUAUUUGUGAAGAAACAGAAUUCAAUUCAUAUGGUAGAGCUCCUCUUACUGUUCUAACAGAAAUAAAAUGUGAUCAUCCAUUUUUGUUCAUUGUAUUGGCACAAAAGGAGGUAUUAUUUAUUGGAAGACUUCUAAAUCCCAGUGAAAUAUGAAAAAAAAAAAAAAAAACAACCAAGUAGCAAAGGAAUGAAGAAAGAAAACUAAUAUGAAAUAAAAAAAUAAUUUCUUAAUGAGCAACAAUUUAGCUUCUAAAAUUUAAAUACAUAAAUCAUCACAGAAAAAGGUCAUUUUAUUUUAUUCUGUAAUAAAUCUGUCCGUUCAGUAAUGUAA